AUUUUUCAGUCAAUUUUAUUGCUGUCAGAAAACAGAAACUGCGGAUUAUCUGUAGUUUUGCAGCAGAGCAGACAGAUCUAGAGGUGGGAGCCAGCUGUUUCUGAAAGUGAAAACCAGCAAAGAGAGAAGCCCCUUCUGCUCCACUGCACAAAGAGUGCUCACUAGCCCAAGGCCAACAUCACACCUCCCACAAAGUAGCCAUCUCUGCAUAAUAAUGCUACCUACCAGCUAUGACCCAGUAACAAUGAUGGCAGCUGUGGCUUGCCCCUGGAAGUGUGAUCAAUUUAACAAUGGGAUGUGAUUGUGAGCAAAUUGUUCAGACUGCAAUCCCAAUCCUUUUAGUAUUCUCAUCAUCCAUGGCACACAUACCCCAUCAUGAAAUUGAGCCUUGGUAUGCAGGGCAGGUUAAUGCCAGGUACUGGAAGCAUUACAGCCAGGCAAUGUAUUGGUUGUACAGGCACAAAAGAGCACACAGUGUGGCUGUGGCAUCUCUUUCCUAUCCACAUUGUUAUCCGGCUGGAAAUUUUCAGAACAGCCGAUAUUCUGAUUGGGAAGGUGGUAAGUUAUCUCAGCCUGACAUCUACCCAAGGCCACACCACCAGGUCAUACAUCCUCAAAGGACACGUCCAUGUUUAAAAGUAUCAGAGUCCAAAGAAAUUGAGUCUGAAAUGGAGUGUGAUAAAGAUGUUACAUAUGAUUCUGAUGAGGAAGUCAUUGAAUGUGACACUACCAACAUGGAAAUCACAGAGGAGUUACGACAGUACUUUGUGGAGACUGAAAGGCACAGGGAGGAGUUACGAAAGCAACAGCAGCUUGAGGCAGAGAUUCAUGAACAGUAUAUAGCAGCAGAUCAUGACCUGCAUGUAGCAACAAGAACAUCUACCGAUCCACCUUCAGAAAGACCCGGGGAAAGGCGCAGAGUGGAAAUGAAGAAAUUGUAUGGUGAAGAUGCCCCAAAAAUCCUUGGGAUGGAGACAGCCAUGCAGCUUAACUUUGACAGACACUGUGAUAAAAAGCAACCCAAGUACUGGCCCAUCAUACCACUGAAGUUAUGAGCCAUUUAUGAGAAUAUGAACUCUGUACACUGUAAUUAUCAUGUAUGUCAUCACAGCUGUGUCGGCUAGUGAUAGAAAUUAUGUUUAUGUUAGUUAUCUGAGGGGUUUUUUUUGAAGCUGCAUAAACAUAUUUAGCCACUGUAGGAUUCUUAUGUCAAUAAACAGAGACUGGAAAUUGAUUUAUGCAGCCUUCCAUCUUUGCAGAUUAUUACCAUUUCUGUUGAUUAAAGAAUUUACAUGUACAUUUAUAAAGAAAUAGAGAAAUUGCAGCAUUUGCAAGUCUUGUAACAGUACUGAAAAACAAGAUAUUUUAGACUGAAUAAGGUAUCGGUAAGUGAAAAAAAAUUAAAAAAUAAAAUACAAGUGCUCAGUUAGUGACACAGUGGCAUUUCUGUGUGCAUUCUUCCAGUUCCACAACACCAUGCACUGGGUUAUCACAAAGUGCUGUCACAUUUUUCCAUCUGUAUUUCAUAUUACAGUACCACCGAGGUUAUUCGGUGUUUAUGGAGAGCAUCCUGUUUGCUCGGUUAAUUGCAUAUUCUGUACAUCUUUUUUUUUUUUUAAGGUGAACAAUUCAAUUUUAAUAUAUGGUAGAGCUUAUAAAAACAGUUCACUUUGUAAACAUGAUUGAUUAAAAGAUAUUUUUUGUUUA